AUGCCAAUUUCUGAAAUCGAAUUGAACCAAGAUCAUCAUGAAUCAUUCUUUCGUCAUCUUGAACAAUAUUUACAAGAUUUAAAAGAAGAAGAAGUCAAUGUGAGUCUCACAAAUUUCUCUUCUUCUCGACUCGGACCCGUUCUAGCAUCUUCGUCGUUUGAAUCUUCAUCCGAAAAUAUCAAUGGUUCAACCUUUGGAAUGAUUCAAGAAGUGAAUAAUAAUGACCAUCAUCUCAUCUCUCAAAAGACAUUCCCUCUCUCCAGAAACGAGUGUUUGCCAUCUUUGAAUGACUCUUCUCAAUCUGACUCAACCCAAAUGGGAUUUAAUGGUUCCUCACAAAAAACCAGUUCAUCCUCAUCGAACGCUUUAAUUUUUAAUGGCUUAAAGUUUUUGUUAAUUUGUGGCAAGAAUUUGAGUAAGCACCAAGCGAAUAUUCAUGUAAAUAAUAUUUCAAAAAGAGGAGGUUUUGUGGAAAUAUUUAAUAAUCAAACAUUGAGUGGUGAAGUGGAUUAUGUUAUUUGUGGAAGUGAAAAAUUUGAAAAAGUCAAACAAUUAAUGCCUCGAUAUAAGAAUGUGGUUUCUCCAACGUUUAUUAUUGACUGUUUGCAUGCUCAAAAGUUAAUUAGUAAUAUUAAGAAAUACAGCAUUCAAAUCCCAGAACAGACAUCAAAAGAAUCCUUCUCGCAAUUAUAUUCCAUUAACACUCCAAGCACCUCUCAAGAAACUACUUGUCUCUAUCCUUCACAUGAAAAUAAGGAAAAAGACAAUCCUUCACAGUUUGAAAAUAAGGAAAAAGACAAGCAAGAAAGAAAAAAUAGAUUUUUAAAUUCCUUUGUUUGUGUAAAUUCCAAUAUCAGCAGCAGCAGCAGCAAUAGUUGUGUCAAUCAGGAGCUAGCAGAUAUGUUUGACAAACUAUACAAGCAUUACAAUAGCAUGAAUGAACCUUUUAGAGCCAUGGCAUACAGAAAAGCUACAACUAUACUUCGAGGAAUUUCAUUUAAAAUAACAAGUAUUGAUCAAAUAGCAGACAUUCCUGGAAUUGGAGAUAAGGUUCGAGAAAAAAUUAAAGAAUAUUUACAAUUUGGAAAAAUAUCAAGAUUAGAGAGUGUUCAAACAAAUAAUGUCAAUACUGUGAUUCAAUCAUUUACAAAAAUAUGGGGUGUUGGAACUAAAACUGCAGAAAUUUUGUACUCUCAAGGAUGUAGAAAAAUAGAAGAUAUUGACACUUCUAUUCUCAACCAUCAACAAUUAAUUGGUUUAAAAUAUUAUUAUGAAUUUCAAAAAAGAAUUCCAAGGGAAGAGGUUAAACGAAUUUCCAAAAUUGUACAAAAUAUUGCACGCAAAAUUUCUUCCAACAUCAUUUGCGAAGCUGUUGGCUCGUUUAGAAGAGGAAAACCAGAUUGUGGCGAUGUAGAUAUUUUAAUUAGUGUGAGAAAUGGAGCCGAUGAUGUUUACAGCAGUAGUGCUGACAGUAGUGACAGCGUGUCAAACAUUGAAAAUUUCUCAUUGGAUGGAUUACUACAAAAAAUUGUGUCGAAAUUGCAAGAUAUGAAAAUAAUUACUGACACUCUUUCCAUGUCAUGUAAACUCCAUCUAGAGGAGGAUGAAAAUGAUACAUUUAUGGGAGUUUAUUGUUUUGAGGAUGUUGGAAUUCAUCGUCGCAUCGAUAUUAAGGUGUACCGAAGAGAACAUUACGCUUUUGCUUUGUUGUAUUUUACUGGAAGUGAUCAUUUCAAUCGAUCGAUUCGAUUGCUUUGUAGAAAAAAAGGAUAUUCUCUUUCUGACAAAUCUCUAUGUGCAAAUACGAUCAGAGACAAAAAGAGCAAUCGAAUACACGAUGGAGUUAAAAUACCAUGUGCGACUGAAAGAGAAAUAUUCGAAAAGAUUGGGAUUCCUUACAAAGAACCACAUGAACGAGAUGUUUGA